AUGUUCGAGUCCAUCGUGUCCACGCUAAUCAACAGGUUCCUUGGGGCAUACAUCGAAAACUUCGACUCGAAGUCGCUAAACAUCGGCAUUUGGAGCGGAGACGUGCGCUUGAAGAACUUGAGGCUCAAGAAGGAAUCGCUCGAUAAGUUCAGGCUUCCGCUAGACGUGAAGUUCGGCCAUUUGGGAGAGCUUACUUUGCAGAUCCCCUGGUCCAAUUUGAAGGGCAAGCCCGUGAAGGUCAUUAUUGAGGACGUGUACCUUUUGGCGCUGCCAAUUAUCCUCGAGGACUUCGAUGCAGACGAGGACCACAGGCGUAUGCAGCAGAUCAAACAAGACAAGUUGAAGGAUUUGGAGGCGUUGCAGAGUGCCAUCAACUCCAACGACAACAACUUGCCCAGCUCGCCAGCGGGAAACGAGAGCUUCACCGAGAGCCUCGUCACCAAAAUCGUCGACAAUUUGCAGGUGACGAUCAAGAAUAUCCACGUGCGCUACGAAGAUGACGCGGUGCUCACCGAAAACCCCUAUUCUUUGGGGCUCACGCUCUCGGAGCUCUCUGCGGCGUCGACCGAUGAAAACUGGCUGCCCAGCUUCAUAGCUAUCACCCAGAGCUUCACGCGGAAAUUGCUUGUUUUGCGCAAUUUCGCCUGCUACAUGACGACGGAGUCAGCCUCGAUCUACGACGACGACCCAGCCUUGAUUUUGCUGCUGCUCAAGGCAUGCUUCACACAGCCAGAAGAGUCGUUCCAAUAUCUCUUGAAGCCCGUGUCUGGAGAGGGCCACUUAGUCAUGCACAAGGCGGGUGCCACGGAUGAACAUCCGCACAUCCGAGCAGAGCUCUUCUUUGACGAGUUCGGCAUCGACUUUGACAGUCACCAGUACCGUGACAUCUUGUGGACGGCACUGAAGUUCCACUGGUACCAGAAAACAUGGAAGUUCCGAAAGUUGCGCCCACGGCUUGCCCUCGAGGAUGCGCCCAAGGAAUGGUUCAAGUAUGCGGCGGUCUCGGUCUUGAACGAGAUCCACGAGAAAAACCACAAGUGGAGCUGGGACCAUUUCCGCACGCGCAGAGACCAGAGGAAGGCGUACAUCAGCUUAUGGAAGCAGAAGUUGAUGAAACGGGUCCUCACGCCAGACCAGCAGACGGAAUUCACUGCGCUCGAAGAGGCCCUCUCUUAUGAGGACAUCAAGUUCUACCGAUCGCUCACUCGGAACGAGGUGAGAAAAGAAAACUUGGUGGCCCCACCGGCGCAAACCAACCUGGAAGAAAUGCCCGGGGGCUGGUUUUCUUCGUGGUGGGGCGGUGCCCAGACUAGCGAGCCAACCACGGAGGCCCCAGAGGACGAGGGGGGCUUGGAUUUGACUUUGACGGACGAACAACGCAAGGCCCUCUACGAAACAAUUGACUACAACGAAAACCAACCUUCUGCAGACCUUGAUGCGCCCCGUGAUAGGGUCACCAUGGAGGUAUUGGUGAACUUGAAGAGAGGUGGCAUCUCGCUCAAGCAGGACAAGGAGUCGCCUGCUCUUGCAGAGGUGAUCAUCGAGGGGUGCCAGACCCAGUUUUUCCAAAGACCCAACUCCUUUUUGGCAAACUUCCAGUUACAAGAGUUCAAGAUCGAGGAUGGCACCACCAAGCCGCUCUACAAGCAUAUUGUUAGCGUGAAGCAUGACCAUUCCCAGUUGCACGCGGACUCGUCCAAGAAUAAGGCGCUUGAGGGGAAAAGGGAUCCGUUUUUCCAGUUUUCUUUCGAGCACAAUCCUCUAGAUGGAUCGGCAGACUCUUCGCUCUUGGCUAAGUUGAAGUCCAUGACUAUUUUCUACAACCACAUUUUUGUUGCAGAGAUCAUCAAGUUUUUCAAACCACCCAACAUCCAUCUUGAUACCGUGGGCGCAAUCAUGAACGCAGCAGAAGCGACCAUGGAGGGCUUUACUUCUCAAACCAGAAUCGGGCUUCAAUAUGCCUUGGAAGAGCAUAAGACACUCAACGUUAAGCUCGAUCUCCAAGCCCCGUUGUUGAUUUUACCGCUUGACCCAAGGAGCUGGAAAUCUCCUGUUGCAAUCAUUGAUGCCGGUCACUUGAGCGUGACCAGUGAUUUGGUUGAUAAACGCACUAUUGAAAAGUUCAGCUCGAAGCAAAGCUACACAGAGGAGGAUUGGGGAGAGCUCAACACCUUGAUGUAUGAUAAGUUCAAUCUUCAUCUCCAGGACGCUCAGUUUUUGGUUGGGCCUACCAUCAAGGACACGAUGGAGCAGCUUCAUACCAAAAGAUCCAAGAAUUCUGCAUUGAUCUUAGACAACUUUGACUUCAGGCUUUCUGUUGGAAUCUCCAUCCUUUCUAGUGCAACUAACUUAGCAAGGUUCAGGGUCAGCGGAGAGGUUCCUAAUAUCAAUCUUGCACUCAGUGACUUUCAGUAUAAGACCAUCAUGCAGUUGGUCGAUAUAUUGAUUCCAAACACGGAGGAAGAAGAAGAUGAGAGCUCCAGCGUAUUCAAUGCUUUUGGUACCAGCAGCAAACUCGAAGAGAUCGAAGACGCCGACAAGACAUCAAAAGCGAGCUCUUCUGCUCAGCAAGAUUCCCAACACUUGGUUGAAAUCGACUUCAGAGUGGAGAAAGUGGUAGUUGCCAUGUUCCGGUGCAUAAACGGAAUUACACUUGAAACGGAACAUCUCAUUGAUAUCAUCGGGGACUCUUUGAAUUUUACUUUCUUCAAAACAGAAAAGAAUAUGCACCUAGACUUGUCUUUGACUGAUAUCAACUUGGUUGAUCACAUUGAAACAUCGGGUAUUAAAGAGUUCGAGAAUUUGGUCUCUUCCAAUAGUUUUCUCGAGGAAGAAGCGGUCACGAGAAAGAACCCAGAACUCUUCAAACUCGAAUACGAUAGGGUUCAAAGAAUCGUUGAGCACAAUGGUAAAGAAAUUGAAAUCUUUGAUCAAAACAUCGCUUUGGACAUGUCGGCGUUGAAAUGCGUUGUCUCUAGAAAGUCGUUAUUGAGUCUUUUGAACUUUGUUCUUAACACAUUCACAGAUGCGAAUGCCGAGUCUACACCUGCGGAUGAACUCAAGCAUAACGAUGUCACUGAUGACACCGUUGCACCUCAGAAAAUAAAUGUUCUUGUCAACCUUGAUAGUAUCAUUGUUGUUUUGAAUGAAGAUGGAAUAAAGUUGGCUACUUUGCAGUUAAGCACUGCCUUGAUCAAAGUGUUAGUUCUUCCAGUGGAAUUACAAGUUAACGGAAAGCUUGGGGCAUUGACAUUGCACGAUGAAUCAAAUCAAGGUCUGCCUAGGAAUUCAGUUUUCCGAAGUCUUGUCAGCAUCGAAGGGGAUAAUUUAGCAGAAUUUUCCUACAAAACUUUUGACCCCGAAACACACAACGAACCUUAUCAGAGCUCUAUUGAAUUCACAACUGCUGCUACAAAAGUCAAUUUUGUAGAGGAGGCGUUUGUGAAGAUAUUCUCUUAUUUGAACAAAUUUCAAAGAAUGAAAGCGAUAUACGAUAGCGCACGCGAAGCUGCUAUCAAUCAAGCAAACCAGAUCGACAAUGCAGGCAAGAUAAAACUCAACAUCUUGGUUCGGGCUCCCAUUGUUCAUUUCCCCAAAUUUGUUGAGGGUCAUACUGACAAUCAUGAUGUUUUAAUCGCGGAGCUCGGUGAGCUAUACUUGAGCAAUGUUUUUGAGGUGAAGAGUGGUGUUUUUCAUAAUAUCAUUGAAGCUGGUUUGAGAAACAUCAACAUCAACACCCACUUCAAUUUUAUGAAUGACGUCAUUCAAAACGGAAAGAUUGUUGAGAACUUGGACGUCAACUUCAAUGUCGACUAUGUUGAAGAAGAUGUAGAUGAAAUACCGAACGUUGUUAUAGUCGGUAGAACACAUGAGAUCAACAUGAAAUUGACAGAAUUGCAAUUGCGGUAUAUGAACAAUCUCCAGAAUUCAAUAUCAAGAGCUUUCAGCGUUUCUGACGAAGGCUCUUUGAUUGAUAUCGAAGAAGAUGCAGAUCAGGCAAAUGCAGCCAUGAAAUACCACUCUUCUGGGCAUAGAAGAUCUUCCAUUAUGGCCCAGCAAAUUGCGAAGGCAAAGACGCAGACAGAAAUUAAGCAAGCUAACCCAAAGAAGGAAUCAGUUUUUUUCAACUUUGAAAUUCCCAAGAUUUCGUUAACCUUGUACAAUAAGACAAAGUGUCUUCUGGAAUUUGAGUCCAAGAAACUUUGCUCUUUGGCUGUUAACUCUUUCAAACUGAGCUUCACGAUGAGGAAGGACAGUCAUUUCGAGGCUGAUGUUUCAGUAUCUUCUUUCACCAUAAGUGACGUAAGAGAGGGGACAGAAAACAAGUUUGCUGAAAUCAUCUCUCCUAUUGACGGCGAUAGACAACAGUUUUUUCUCAAUGCAUCUACAAGUGGCGAGUGUGAUAACAAAAUAACAACACUUAUGCUUACCGUGGAUGAGCCAAGAACAGUUCUUGCGCUUGACCACAUCUUUGAGUUACAGGCGUUCGCAUACAAAGGUUUCGAACUAGACUCUCCAAUCGUGGUGAGAGAUUAUUUGAAAAGUGAGAACGAUCAAAACAGUGGCUUCACUUUACCGGAUGAUGGAUCCACUAAAACUUCAAAUGUUUCACCUAAAUCUGCAAAUAUUGGAUUGUCAGUUAAUAUUAUUAACCCUUCAGUGAUACUUUUGGCUGACUCUACCAAGGUAGACACUGAGGCCCUUGUCUUUAAGGUGGAACAGGUUUUGUUUACGAGUCAAAACAUUAUUUCUCUCGCGGUGGAGAAUGUUGGAAUGUAUGUGGUUCGAAUGGACAGAUUUCAAGACCAAAGAAUGCGGAUAAUCGAUGAUUUUUCCAUGUCAUUUGCUCUAGACUCUAGGGGCUCCACUCCCACAGAGCUUUUGACCAGCAUGCAACUUUCUGUUGACCCAUUGUUGUUGAGAAUAUCUUUGCAUGAUAUCCGGCUUGCCAUGAGAAUCUUUGAGAAAGCAAAUGUAUUUUACACUCAGGCUCAGACGGCGGUGAAUAAAGGAAAAACAAAUGUUGACUACAGCAUGUCUGAAGACUUCAAGCGUAAACUCGCAAAGCACGCGCCCAGUUCCGUGUCAAGUAUUUUUGGGGGUGCAAAGAAACCAUCUAGUGACCAUCCUACUCCUGAAGUGGCUGUUGCGGGAGAGGAGUUUGAGUCUCGAAUUGGAGGUGCACGCUUGGUAUUGAUCGGAGACGUACACGAGUUGCCUGUAUUGGACAUGGGAAUAAAGCCAUUUGAGGUCAAAAUUUUCAAUUGGUCCACUGAGUUAAGUGCUGAAGCUCAUUUUGAAUCGUACGUUAACAUUUACAACUACGCCAAAUCCACAUGGGAGCCACUUUUAGAAUCUUGGCAAAUGGCUGUUUACGCAUCCAAAGUCCUCACUCCCAAACCUCGCAUGAUGAUUGAGGUUGUCUCUAGGGAUAUUGCUCAAUUGAGUAUAUCCUCAAGAUCAGUGGCACUUCUCUCCCAGAUUGCCGCAUCAAUCACAGCUGACGUGGCCCCAAAGACAAGAGAAAAAUUAGCACCAUACAUUGUUCGAAAUGAAACAGGCUUUGAUAUUGAGGUUUGGAUCGACCGUGAUGACGAGCUGCAACUGAACAAACAAGUGAUUCCCUUAGAUGGGAAAGUUCCUUGGGAGUUUGAGGAUUGGAGAACCAUCCGUGAAAACUUGGAUACCGAUAGUGCAUCUGAUGUUUUGGGAGUGAAACUUCUAGACUCCAAAUAUGACCCUAUUAGAAGAAUUUGUGCAAGUGGGGAAGGGGAGGAAGUUUUUUCACUUUACCCGCCGGUGAAUGGUAUUCACAAUAGGUUGGUAAGCGAAAUUACACUUGGAAGUGAUAAUGUGAAAACCAUUCGUUUGAGGUCAACCGUGACGAUCAGAAAUAGCGCAGAAAUACCCAUAGCUGUGAAAUUGGUUCAAAGAGAAAAUGACUCUGAUUUCGAGCUUGUGAUUGAUCUGGGCCAAGAGAAAGCUUUGCCUAUCGACACGGUUUACAGUGAAAAGUUCAAGAUCAGGCCGCAUAUUGAAACAAAAUUUAAUUGGUCAAACGAGAGUCUAGAUUGGAAGUCGUUGAUGCAAGAUGGACGGUCCCUCCAAUGUUCUAUGAUUGGUAGCGGAGAAGAGUCAUCGUACUUUUUCCAAGCAGAGGCACAAUAUCAAAAGAGUGAGCCCCUCGCGAAGAUAUAUCCACAUUUGACAGUGGUGAUAUCCGCUCCUUUGGAAAUUGAAAAUUUGUUACCAUUUGAUUUCAAUUUCAGGUUAUAUGACAAAAGCUCGAAAAAAGAUUGGAAUGGUAGAGUGAAAAAGGGCAAGAGCUCAUUUAUCCAAGUUGUGACUUUGGAAAGCUUAUUGCUCUUGAGUGUCGAACCAUGUGGCUGUGGGUUUGGAAAAUCAGAGUUUGCUAUCAUCAAUUCAAGGAGAGACACCAAGUUUAAACGUGAAUCUUCCACAAGCGUCAAGAAUGAGAGUGGACAGACAGUCAAACUCAGGAUGUACUAUCCCAAGAAUCAAUCCUCUAAAACAAGUUUGAAAGUUGUGAUUUAUUCGCCCUACGUGAUUCUCAACAGAACCGGGCAAAACCUCCAAAUUGGAGAGAAUUCAAAGCAUAACCCAGCUGUAAGUAUGGGCUCGAAGGGAGAGGAGAAUACACCUCACAUUUUCUCAUUCGAAAAUGACGACGAUAGACUGAACAGAGCCUUGGCCAAAAUUGGAGACUCAUCUUGGUCAGAUCGUCUAAGCUUUGAUGCCAUUGGACAAGUCACUGGGAUGGCCGUGCAAACACCAGGAAAAAGUACAGAAAAGAAUUUUGGUGUUUCUAUCGCAGAAGGCGAAGGAAAGUACAAUUUGACCAAGGUUAUCACUUUUGCCCCUAGAUAUGUCAUGAGAAACUGUUUGGAGGAGCCCGUGGUGAUUGCUGAAAACGGCUCCACUAAGCAAUUUCAACUUGGCCCUGGAGAAUUAUAUCCAUUAUAUGAUUUGAGACGGAAUUUGCAAAAGACAAUGCUUCUUAAGUUCGCCCGAGAUGGAAAUCACUGGUCGUCGCCUUUUGCUAUUGACGACAUUGGGCAGAUUUUCUUGAAGGCACAAAAAGCUUCGACUGGUCAGGUUCUCCUCAAAGUCAACAUCAUCACUGAAAAUGCAACCAUUUACAUUCAGAUUGAAAAUGCAAACAAUGCCUGGCCAUUCUCCAUCAGGAAUUUCACUGAUGCUGACUUUUAUUUGUACCAGGGCAAUCCUAGCAUAAAUCUGAACGGGGAAGUUGUGAAAAAAGAUGUGGAUUACAAACCAAUUUACUACAAAGUGCCUGCAAAGAGUGUGAUGCCUUAUUCUUACGAUUAUCCAAAUGCUGUCGUAAAGGAAAUCAUCAUCAGAUCUCACGGGCGCGAAAGAUCCAUCAACUUAGCCGAGAUAGGAAACCUAAAACCAUUCAGGCUACCUCAAACAUCUGAACAAGAGCAAAUUAUUGUUGACCUCAAUGUUGUUGCCGAUGGCCCCACUCAAUCAUUGGUAAUCACGAAGUACGAUCCUUCAUUGAGUUUGUACAAGCUACAGGAUGGGAACAAUUCCAAUACAAAUGUUGGUCAACUGAAUUUUGAAGUCAAUGAGCAAGAUGAAAAUUACUACACGAAGAUUUUUACAAGGUUCGAAGGGUUCGGGCUCUCUUUUAUUAACAACAGAUCUCAGGAGUUGUGUUACUUAUCCCUCCGAGGCGUUGAAUUGAGAUACAACGAGUCAGACUUAUACCAAAACUUGAGUAUGAAAUUGAAGUGGAUCCAGUUGGACAACCAACUAUACGGAGGAAUAUUUCCUAUCAUUAUCUACCCGACCUUAGUACCGAGAUCAGGAAAAGAACUCAAUAAUCACCCAUCAUUUAGUGCAUCGGUUUGCAAAGUGAAGGACGAAAGCCAUGGUGUUUUAUUUAUCAAAUAUGCAACAGUCCUUUUGCAAGAGAUGUCUAUUGAGGUCGACGAAGACUUUUUGUUUGCAUUGAUAGACUUUGCCAAAUUCCCAGGAGCAAGUUGGAAUAUAGAGAUUGAAGACAAGUUAUGUGAUGAGAACCUUGAGAUACCCGAGCCAAAGAAAUUGGCAGAGGCAAGUGACAUUUAUUUCGAGGCACUUCAUUUGCAGCCAGCUCUUACGAACUUAUCAUUUGUGCGGACCGAGAGAGUUAAUGCCGAAGAUAGAUCUACGUCACAAAAUACCUUGAUGUUCUUCGUGAACAUGUUGACUAUGGCUAUCGGAAACAUCAAUGAUGCACCAAUCAAGCUCAAUGCAUUGUUCAUUGAGAAUAUUCGAGUGCCAAUACCAAUUCUUAUGGAGUCUAUCCGGACCCAUUAUGGGCAAUCGUUCUUUUACCAAUUGCACAAAAUCUUAGGCUCUGCAGAUUUCUUGGGAAAUCCAGUUGGUUUGUUCAACAACCUCUCCUCAGGAGUUCUUGAUAUAUUCUACGAGCCUUAUCAGGGGUUUGUCAUCAACGAUCGACCUCAAGAGAUCGGAAUCGGCAUAGCAAAAGGAGGGUUGAGUUUCCUUAAAAAGUCUGUUUUCGGAUUCUCCGACUCGUUUGCGAAGGUGACUGGAUCGCUUGCAAAGGGCUUGUCAGUUGCCACAAUGGACCGAAAGUUUCAGGAAAGGCGGAGACUCAACCAACGAAGAAAUAGACCUAAACAUGCGCUCUAUGGAUUCACCUCAGGUGCGAACUCUUUCUUCGACUCUAUUUCAUCAGGUGUGACAGGUAUUGCCCAAGCACCAUUCGAAGGUGCCACGAAAGAAGGUGCGGGUGGCUUUUUUAAGGGGCUAGGCAAAGGUGUGAUUGGCUUGCCAACAAAGACUGCCAUUGGAAUCUUCGAUCUUGCUUCCAACGUCAGUGAAGGAAUCCGAAACACAACCACAGUCUUUGACGCGGAUGGCUUGGAGAAAAUUAGACUUCCAAGGUACAUUUCCUAUGACAAUGUGAUCCGACCAUACUCUGCGAGAGAAGCCCAAGGCCAGUUCUGGCUCAAAACUAUAGAUGGAGGUUCAUUGUUUGACGAAACUUACGUUGCACACUUGAUCAUGCCAGGCGAAGAAAAGGCUGUGUUGAUUACGUUCAAAAAGAUUGUUUUGUUCGAAAUGAAUUCUUUGAAGACGUCUUGGAUUGUCGCCUUCAGCCAAGUGAAGAGCGUGUCGCUAGAAACGACAGGUGUGAGCUUAAUCCUACAGAACAGAAGAGGGCCAUUCUUGCCCGUCCCGGAGAAAAAGAGCAGGAUGUUCUUGUACAACAAGAUGAAAGUCGCCGUGGAUAGGUAUAACAAGACAUGUCAGGUUGAGUUGUGA